AUGCUUGCUAACUCGACCCGCAUGCUCUCUACCCGCCUCGUGGCGCGCUCGGCACCCUCGGUCGCCCUUGGCCGACGGAGCGUGACGACGCUCUCCAAGAGCCUCUACACGGCCCACGCGUCGGCCUCUGGCCAGGGCCGCAACGGCAAGACGUCGCUGCUCGAUGCCCCGCAGCCCCUGGACCUGACCCUGGCCAUGCCCAAGGAACUCGGCGGGGACGGCAAGGGGCAGAAUCCCGAGCAGCUCUUUGCCAUGGGCUACGCUGCUUGCUUCCUCUCGGCUCUCAACCUCGUCACGUCGCAGGCCAAGAGCUCGAUUCCAAAGGACACAAAGUGCGAGGCCCACGUCUCCAUUGGCCCUCCCAGCGAGGGAAACAAGCCAUUUGCCAUCGCCGUCGAGCUCGUCAUCAAGGCCAGCGCCCAGGGCAAGGACCUCGACAACCUCAAAUCCCUCGUCGACAAGGCGCACGAUGUCUGCCCUUACAGCAAUGCUACGCGUAACAAUGUCCCUGUCGACAUCAAGGUUCUCUCGGCCUGA